CACUGAGCCCGGAGCUGGGUGGCCCCGGGGACCCGAGUGGGUGACGUGACCAGCGGCACCCCCUUUCCCAGCUACACCCUUCUGCUCUCGGGGGGCAGCGCGCACCAAAGAAAGGCUUCUGCCCCGGUUUGUGGGCGUGGGUUCUCUGUUCCCCGGAGGAGCUCCCGCUCCAGCGCUGCGUGCCGCUCCCCCCGCCACCUCCGCUCCCCGGGACAGAGCCCACGCCCGCUCUCCGCUGCGAGAACCGACCUCCCCACGCCCGCAGCCAUGGAGGCAGCGCUGAUCUUCCUGUGCUCCCUCCUGGUGCCGGCGGCCGUGGCGGACGUGGCCACCCAAGAGAAGGAGGAGGACCCCUUUAACUACGAUUACCAGAGCCUGAGGAUCGGGGGGCUGGUGUUUGCCGUGGUCCUGUUCACCGUUGGUAUUCUCCUUAUACUCAGCAGGAGGUGCAGGUGCAGCUUCAACCAGAAGCCCAGAGCUCCGGGGGACGAGGAGGCUCAGGCUGAGAACCUGAUCACCUCGAACGCAACGGGAGCGCAGAAAGCGGAGAACUGAACGAGAGCCAUGUGACCCAGACACCCGAGGACGGAUGCUCGGACUGCAGAUGGCGGUGGCCUGCGAGGAAACUGCAAUCGCAGCAGCAGGUCCCUCUAAGGAGAUGCAAAGCUGCCGUGUCUGUGUUACCCUCUGUACUUCAGCGCUGGUUCUCUGUUUACUAACCCGACUAAACUCUGCUCGCCGUCCUCUCUGCCUCCAGUGGUGUGUAAUGUUGAUGUGAGAUGAUCGUUACCUCUAGGGCUAGUCGUUGCUGAUGUUGUAAUAGUGACUUUCUCUUCACCUUUCUCGUGCUGUGCGUGUGAUUCGGGCUCUGUACGACUGGCAGGCGCUACCCCCCACCCCGGGGCCGAGCCCGGGCAGGGGAGCCGCAGGGCAGGGCGGUGGGGGCUGCGGUGCAGGGAGGCUGCUGCAGCCCCGGGGGACCCCCCCGGCCCCCCGGCUGGAGCCAGCGGCGCUCGGCACCGCCCGGGUUCACCCCGGCUUGCUGCGGGCAGGGCGUGGGGAGCGGGGAGCAGUCCCGCAGCACCCCGGGGGCCUGCCCAGCCUGACUCGGGACCGCGCGGUGCAGUCUCAGCAAUAAUCCCCCUGCACACCCCCAGCCCAAAGGCAGCCGGCGGUGGGGGGCGAGUCAGGCAGGGACGUCCCUCGGCGGUGGCACCUGGCUGCUGGAUUUAAGGCUGAAGGGAGCUCGCCUUUGUCACCUGCUCGGCACUCCCUCUUUCUGUCCCUGGCUAAACCCAAGCCAUCAGUGCGGGAUGCUACUUUAAAUGUGAGGAAAUGCUGUGGUGGCAGAGAAGCCCGUGAAAUCCCCCAGCACGGUGACACUGUGAAAGAGGGCAGCUGCGCAGCGGUGACCCUGCUAACCAGCACAAACCAGCUCCUCGCCAACACCGCCUGCCCGCGAGACGGAGGUGAGCAGGUUAAACAGUCUCUGAGGGCUAACGAGAAACACGGACUGAAAUAAAGAGCCUGUCCUUGCUUGUCUCGGGCAGGGAAGGGGCAGCGGUGUUCCCUCCUGGUGCUCCCUGCCCUCCCUGAUGCCUUGUCGACACGGCCACCCGUGUCAGUGCUGUGUGUCGUCCCGUGGUGGUCCCGUGUCGUCAGCCCCCGCGGCCAACUGCCCCUUCUCCCCGCAGAGCAGCAGGGCCGAGUGCUGCUCGGGGGGGUUUGCACGCCCGAGCUUGCACACUGACGACACGCCGGCUCCGGAGGGGCUGAGCCCAGAGUCCAUCGUCACCUUGUGUCCACUCGUGGGUCGGAGGCAAAGCUGUGAGUCUGGCCCCUUCCCCAAGCCCAUGGGCAUGCAAAACCGGGGACUGCCGGGUUGGCUGUGGGCGCUUCCCAAGGCAGGGUCUGCCUGGGCAGCAGCGGCGCAUCCGCAGGGCUGCACUGAAACACGUCAGGGGACCGUCCAUGGGCCGGGAGGAGGUUCUUGUCCUCCAGGAUGGUCCUGAGAGGAGUUUCUGCUGUGCCCACCCCACCGCGGUGGCCCUGCCUCCAGGGUGGGCUGUGUCUCUGUGUGCUUUGCAUCCCUCGGUGGUGCUGGGAAGCACGCUCUGUCCCGUCUGUGCAAGGCAGAGGGACCGUGUCUCCGGUACCAUGUCCCUCCCCGUCCUCCUGCCCGGUUCAGAUUGCUCUGCUCACCCCCGCCUCCGCGCUGCUCCGCAGCCCCGGGCAGGGCAGAGCCCACGCAGCCCACCCGAGUGUCAGCUCUGUGCGUGUCCCGCGUCCCAGUGCCCGUGCUGUCUGUAGCGUGCCGUCGGUGUUAACACGAAACAAAGAAAUCCCUGUGGUGUGUAGAAAUGGCAAAAUCCUGACUGUUGUAAAAUAAACCGAGCUAUUGUGUUUCCUUUUAAAUAGGCAACUGUGCUGCUGUGGUAAAGGACUGGUGUGUUCUGUGCUGUGACCGAAGAGGGGAAAGGAAUAAAAUAUCGUUUCUA